AUGAGCGAAAAGUACGAAGAAAAGCCUGACGCCAUGGGCAAGGAGUUCAUCAGCGAUGAACUCACGCCCGAGGAGCGUGAGCACGAGAUCGAGGCCCGCGAUGAACAGAGCCGCCAGUAUCUCGACAACGAAUCCAUGUAUGACCGCAUGGCGUUCGCGCAGAUCCCAAUCCACAUGAGGAGCCCUCGCAUGCUGGUCAUCACGCUGGGUGUCUUCGCGGCGUUCAGCGGUAUGCUGAGUGGAUUGGAUCAGUCCGUUAUCUCGGGCGCGCUGCCGGGUAUCCGCAAGCAUUUCAUCGCUUCAGGCGAGUGGGCCAGCAUGGACGACCCGAAACUAGCAACCGACAUCUCGCUGAUCUCGUCGCUCAUGCCGCUGGGCGCCAUGGCCGGCGCACUUAUCAUGACCCCGCUGAACUUCUACUUCGGACGUCGCAACUCCAUCAUCAUUUCCUGUCUAUGGUACACCCUCGGAGGUGGCCUCUGUGCCGGCUCCCGUAGUGUGAGCAUGCUCUUUGCCGGCCGGUUCAUUCUCGGUAUCGGUAUCGGAAUCGAAGGCGGCUGUGUCGGUAUCUACAUCUCCGAGUGUGUGCCGCCAGAGGUCCGUGGUAACCUGGUGUCCGUGUACCAGCUGAUGAUUGCAUUCGGUGAGAUCAUCGGAUAUGCGGCCGGCGGCGUAUUCUUCGAAGUCAAAUCGGGCAGCUGGCGCUGGAUGCUGGGCUCGUCUCUUCUGUUUUCGACCAUUCUCUUGACGGGAAUGUGCUUCCUGCCGGAGUCCCCGCGUUGGUUGGUGUCCAAGGGCAAGUACGGGCGCGCGUGGCAGGUGUGGAAGUCGCUGCGCGACAUGUCGGUGCCGAAAAGCUUGGACGAGUAUAUCAUGAUGGAAGUUACCGUCAAACAUGAUGUCGAACGGUCCGCGGACGAGAAAUGGUACCAGCGGUACAUGGAAGUGUGCAGACAGCCGCGCAACCGACGUGCGCUUGUCUAUGCCACAGCUAUGAUCUUCUUCGGACAGAUGACCGGUAUCAAUGCGGUCAUGUACAACAUGUCCAACUUGAUGGCCAAGAUGAACUUCAAUGACCGCGAGUCGGUGUUGAUGUCGAUGGUGGGCGGCGGCGCGCUGUUCUUGGGAACGAUUCCUGCCGUGUUCACGAUGGACCGCUUCGGACGUCGCGUCUGGGCUCAAAAUAUCCUGAUGUUCAUCGUGGGUCUGGCGCUGGUCGGCGUCGGAUAUCUCUACACCAACCACGGUACGGACUAUUUCAAUGAGCACAAGUCAAUUGCCUUGGGGCUGUUUUUCUCCGGUCUGAUUCUGUACAUGGCGUUCUUCGGAGCGUAUUCAUGUCUGACCUGGGUUGUCCCCGCGGAGAGCUUUGACUUCAACACUCGCAGUCAGGGAAUGGCGAUCUGCUCUGCCUUCCUGUAUCUGUGGUCGUUCAUUGUGACCUACAACUUUGAGGGCAUGCAGAAAGCCAUGACCUACACUGGCCUGACGAUCGGUUUCUUCGGCGGGUUGGCCGCGUUAGGCUUCUUUUACCAGCUGUUCUUCAUGCCUGAGACCAAAGACAAGACUCUUGAGGAGAUUGAUGAGCUGUUCUUGAUGCCUACCAGCAAGCUGGUUGCGCUGAACACGAGCAAUCUGGUCAAGCGCUUCCGAGGGGGCGCAAGCCGCAGCAGGUCGACACCCAGCUGGCCUAAGUGUUGUUCACUUCACGGAAAUUUAUGGUACCAACAAAGGACCAUCAAGCGACGCAAAUUGAAUGUAAUGAAAGUAUAUGGAGCUAUUCACCAUCUGCUUGGGAAUCUUGUUGAUGAUAUAACGUCUUUUAAAUUUAGCUUGUAUCAUGACCUAUGA